AUGAAGAAAUUGGAUGUUGUUCGAGGCUGCUGCAGACAGCAAGCAAUCGACACCGUUGAAGAGGUAAUUUACAUCGUACAUGGCAAAUUUGCCAAUAAGAAAAACGGCUACCAAAAAAGGAAGCAGCUGUUCACUCAGAUUUUUCCGACUGGGAUGAAUCACCCAUCAAAACGGUCUGUAAUUUUGCUCACACCAGCCUGUCCUCAAGGUUCCCUAGUGCACCAUGUUGCUGAAAAAGAAAAUUCGGAUUUGAACGACUCCUUUGAUGAUCCCGUCAUACUUAAUAGCGGUGUUGAUGGAUUUCCUUCGCUAACUGACUCAAAAAGUGAAAGUACUCCUCACAGUUGUGAAGUUAAAAACGAGGAAGGCUUGGUGGAUCUGCUGUGCGUAACGGAUAAUGGCCAACAGUCAAUAGUUUAUCUACAGGAUCACUGGGCUGAGACAAACGUUGAACCAAACACUCGGAUCAGCGUGUCACUGCAUUGGGAUUGGCUGGUUUCAAACGAGCAUGGCGUUAUGAUUGUUGCUCCAGACACACUUGUGCCCUGCACAAGCAUAGCUGGGGCUACAUGGUGCCCACGUAAGGUCAUCCUCAACGAACGUUUUCGCGGUCCUGUUGAAGCUAACAAAGCUAUGCUUAUAGGCAAUAUUGUCCACGAAAUGUUCCAGGCAGCUCUUCGUUGUCCAACUCCUCGCACUGUCUCUCGUGAUUGGCUGCUUCACAUAUGGCGAGCAAACAUCCGCAGCGAAGUCCUUGCACAGUUGGUUGCUCUCCGAUUUACGCCCUCGCAGUUUGAAACCGAACUCGAGCCGUAUCUAGAAGUUAGCAUUUUCUUUCUG